GGAAAGCCGCGAUUCUGAUCCACACAAAAUUAACUACUGCCCCUCCAUCAUCACGUCCCGCACAAGCUGCACAAGCCCGACGAGGCGCAAAAUCGAGGGAAAAAGCACGCGUGCCUUUAUCCUGACACAGUCCCUCCCGCCAAUUCUUACCCCAUAACGCUGUUUGCGGGUGCAAAGACAGCAGUAAUCUCGCCCGAUCCCCCACUGCCACUUCUCACCGCACCCACCACCCUUGGCUUUCUCUAGCCCAUCACCAAUACUCGCCGCAGACCCUGUCACAUACUCGCAACCAUGGACGUUGCCGGCCUGCGGGAUAGGAUUCAGGCGACUCUUGACGCGAACGCCGCCAUCAGACAGCAAGCUGAACUCGACCUCAAGCAUGCCGAAGAAAAGCCAGGCUUCACCGACGGCCUGCUGAACAUCCUCGAGCAGGAACAGAACAACGCCGUGCGCCUGUCGACCGUCGUCUACCUCAAAAACCGCAUUUCCAAGGGCUGGUCGCCUGCCGAAGAAUACAGCCAGGCCAUCCCUAUACCAGAGGAAGAAAAGGCUGCCUUCCGCAGUCGCCUCGUCCCCGUCCUCGUCGCCUCCCCGCCCCAAGUGCGCCUACAGCUUAUUCCUACCCUCCAAAAGAUUCUCGCAUACGAUUUCCCUGCCAAAUGGCCAGACUUCCUCGACAUCACUAUACAACUACUGAACGCUGGAAACAUCGAGUCAGUCUUCGCUGGUGUCCAGUGUCUGUUGGCGAUAUGCAAGAUCUACAGAUUCAAGUCGGGAGAGAACCGCGCAGAUUUCGACAAGAUAGUCGCCAUGUCCUUCCCUCAGCUGCUGAAUAUCGGAAACUCACUGGCUGGUGAGACGAGUUUGGAGGCUGGCGAGAUAUUACGGACGGUGUUGAAAGUGUACAAGCAUGCCAUCUACUUCGAUCUCCCCGCAUCCCUCCGCGACCAGCAAGUCAUGGUUGGCUGGUGCACACUGUUCUUGACUGUCGUAGGCAAAGAACCCCCAGAGUCGUCUCUCCCCGAAGAUCUCGACGAGCGGGAGGUAAAUCAUUGGUGGAAGGCGAAGAAGUGGUCAUACGCAAACUUGAACAGGCUAUUCGUUAGGUACGGCAACCCGUCUGCGCUCGGCAAGAACAACGAGAUCGACUAUACCGAAGUAGCCAAGACCUUCAUCACCAACUUCGCGCCCGAGAUCCUCAAGGUCUACCUCCAGCAGGUCGAGAAAUGGGUUGGAAAGCAAGUCUGGUUGUCAAAGGCCAGCUUGUACUACACGCUCAACUUCCUCGACGAGUGCGUCAAGCCCAAGUCCAUGUGGACCCUCCUCAAGCCGCACACCGACAACCUCAUCGCCCAUCUCAUCUUCCCUGUCCUGUGCCAGUCGGAUGAAGACAUCGAACUCUUCGAGGAGGAGCCACAAGAGUACCUACACAGAAAGUUGAACUUCUACGAAGACGUGACCGCCCCCGACGUCGCCGCGACAAACUUCCUUGUCACGCUCACCAAGAGCCGCCGCAAGCAGACAUUCACUGUGCUGAACUUUGUCAACGAGGUAGUCAACCGAUAUGAGGCCGCUCCCGACAACGAGAAGAACCCAAGAGAAAAGGAGGGCGCGUUGCGCAUGAUUGGUACGCUCUCUGGCGUUAUACUAGGCAAGAAGAGCCCGAUCGCAGACCAGGUCGAAUACUUUUUCGUCCGCCAUGUGUUCCCCGAAUUCCGAAGCCCCCACGGUUUCCUUCGUGCUCGCGCAUGCGAUACCCUCGAGAAGUUCGAACAGCUUGAUUUCAAGGACCCGAAUAACCUCAUCAUCAUCUACCGUAACAUCCUGGAGUCCAUGGCUGAUCCAACGCUGCCGGUCCGUGUUGCUGCUGCCCUGUCACUGCAACCCCUCAUCCGCCACGAUGUUAUUCGAACCAACAUGAAAACGAACAUUCCCCAGGUUAUGCAGCAGCUACUGAAGCUCGCUAACGAAGUCGACGUUGAUGCCCUUGCCAACGUUAUGGAGGACUUUGUCGAAGUUUUUGCUCCGGAAUUGACUCCCUUCGCCGUGGCGCUGAGCGAACAGCUGCGUGACACUUACCUGCGUAUUGUGCGGGAAUUGGUAUCAAGAAACCAAGAGAAGGGCGACGAAAGCGAGUACGGUGACUUCCUUGAUGAGAAGAGCAUCACGGCUCUUGGUGUCCUACAGACCAUUGGUACUCUUAUCCUUACCCUGGAAAGUACACCUGAUGUUCUCCUGCAUCUAGAGACCAUUCUCAUGCCUGUUAUCACCAUUACCCUCGAGAACAAGCUUUACGACCUAUACAACGAGGUCUUUGAGAUCAUUGACAGCUGCACCUUUGCUGCCAAGAGCAUAUCCGGAACCAUGUGGCAAGCAUUUGAGCUGAUACACAGGACAUUCAAGGCCGGUGCUGAGCUAUAUCUUGAGGAUAUGCUCCCUGCGCUUGAGAACUUUGUCAACUAUGGUACACCCACCUUGAUCCAAAACCGGUCUUACCUCGAUGCAAUUGUCGACAUGGUCAGGACAAUCUUCAAGGAUGACAAGGUUGGUGGCGUUGAUCGCAUCUGCGGUUGCAAGCUAGCCGAGAUCAUCAUGCUCAACAUGCGUGGCCAUGCCGAUGACUACGUCCCUGAGUUUAUCGGACUUACGAUGCACGUGCUGAUGAACGAUGAACCCAAAGUAAAGUCUUUGAGGAUACAUCUCAUGGAGGUUGUCAUCAACUCCAUCUAUUACAACCCUGCUUUGGCGCUCCAUGUGCUUGAGACAAACGGCUGGACCAACAAGUUCUUCAGUCUCUGGUUCUCGAGCAUCGACAACUUCACCCGAGUUCACGACAAGAAGCUCUGUAUCUCCGCCAUCUGCUCCCUCCUCACACUACGAGCUCAGGACGUUCCUGUAAGCGUACAGCAAGGCUGGCCACGCUUGUUGCAGGGUGUCACCCGUCUAUUCCAGACGCUCCCCGCAGCUCUGAAGAACCGCGAGGAAGCUAAGAAGGAAGACACAUUCGAUUACUCCGCCGAGUUCGAGGAAGAGGAAGACGAGGAGUGGGAACAGGAAGCUGACUGGAACAACGAGGCGGACGAGACUGAGGAUGUCAAGGACGAGAGUGCCGCUUAUCUCGACUUCUUGAAUGAAGAGGCGCAAAAGUUCAGUUCCAUCGAUGAUGACGAUGAUGAUGAGCUAGAAGAGGAAAGUCUCCUCGAGACACCGCUUGACAAGGUCGAGCCAUAUGGCAUGUUCAAGCACGCAUUGCUACGUCUCCAACAAGAGCAACCUGCGCUCUACGAAAAUCUUACCAAGAACCUGAGUGCGGAGGAGCAACAAGUGGUCCAGGGUGCUGUCCACCAGGCCGAUAUCAUCGCCCAAGUUCAAGCCGAGGCUCAAGCUGCUGCUGCCAAUGGACACCCAGGAUUGCCGCCACAGUAGAAGCAUGAUUUAUGAUUCGCGUCAACAAUAAAAUCUGCCCUAGAGGUAUACACAAGGCCUCGCUGUUUCGAGAGCCCACGAGAAGCUCGGCGUAUAUCUUCAGGCUACAGUUUGACGAGGCCAAACUCGGAGAUUGAAAGGCGAAGUAGGGCCUGGGCCUUCUAGUUGGCCUCUUUUUAGCGAGCAUACUGGCGUUUUGACUCUUUUCAGGGAAGACGCUUUGGACCGGAGGUUUGUUCCGGCGGCUGCUAGUCAGACGGUGUAGUAUGGCGUUCGUUUGGUGUGUUGGUAUCAUUGUUAUGAAAAAGAGGAGGACGAUAUCCACGAGAGGCACCAUUGCUUGGAAUGAGAUCAUGUAUGCGGAAUGAUGUUGUCGCCGGCCUAAAGGCCACAGUAGAUAGUGCACCUAA